UGUCGGAAGCGGGUCUGGGUACAAAGCAGCCAGCCACGCUCUGGCUCCUUCCUCCCGCACCCCCUUGGCCUCCUCCUCCUCCUCCCCCCUGCUUGCUCCCUCCCUCCCUCCCUCUCUCACCCGCUUUCUUUCCCUUUCACGCUGCAGACAAGCAGAGCUGGGCAUCCCCGGAGCCGGUGGAGGAGGAAGGAGGAGGAGGAAGGAGCUGCCCGAGGCUGCUUCUUGGCGAGUGAAGCGGGGAGGGCAAGGCGGGAGUCGCUUGGGUUGCUGCCUGGAUUAAGAGAGAAUACAGAAAGGACAUCAUCAUCAUCAUCGUAAUAAUCAAUAAUCCGGACCCGGAGGAAGAAGGGAGGAGAGGAGGAGGAGGAGGCUGCUGGGGGAGCCGGCUCCGGUGGGUGAGCAGCCGCUCUGAAUCGUGCCUCUGUUCCCGAGGAUUAAAGCAUGAAUGGGAGCAGCUCCCCAGCCACGAUGGAGAGAGAAGGCGGUUCAUGCUCCGGGAACAAGAUGAUGGUGGUGACUCCCGGCGUGAUCUCGCUGCAGGCUUGGACUCCAAGGAAUACUGCCUGUCAGACCGGGACAUUGUGGAGGUGGUGAGGACAGAGUACGUUUAUACCCGCCCACCCCCGUGGUCAGACACCCUUCCCACCAUCCAUGUCAUCACACCCACCUACAGCAGGCCGGUCCAGAAGGCAGAGCUGACCCGCCUGGCCAACACCCUCCUGCACGUGCCAAACCUGCACUGGAUCCUGGUGGAGGACUCGCAGCGACGCACCCCCCUCGUCACCCGCCUGCUGCGGGACACGGGGCUCAACUACACCCACCUCAACGUGGAGACCCCCCGCAACUACAAGCUGCGUGGGGACAUGAGGGACCCCCGCAUCCCCCGGGGGACCAUGCAGAGGAACCUCGCCCUGAGGUGGCUGAGAGAGACCUUUAACAAAAACAACAGCCAGCCCGGGAUUGUUUACUUCGCCGACGACGAUAACACCUACAGCCUGGAGCUCUUCGAGGAGAUGCGCAGCACCAGGAAGGUGUCCGUGUGGCCCGUGGCCUUCGUGGGCGGCCUGCGCUACGAGUCGCCCAAGGUGAACGCGGCGGGGAAGGUCUACGGCUGGAAAACCGUCUUCGACCCCCACCGCCCCUUCGCCAUCGACAUGGCAGGCUUCGCCGUCAACCUCAGGCUGAUCCUCCAGCGGUCUCAGGCUUACUUCAAACUGCGAGGGGUGAAGGGAGGCUACCAGGAGAGCAGCCUGCUGCGGGAGCUGGUCACCUUGAACGACCUCGAGCCCAAGGCUGCCAACUGCACCAAGGUUUUAGUCUGGCAUACGAGGACAGAAAAGCCUGUGCUGGUGAAUGAGGGGAAGAAAGGAUUCACAGAUCCCAACGUGGAAAUCUGACAGUGCGUGGCUGAAGGGAGACCAACACCAGAAGAUUUCUUCACGCACAACCUGCAAGGUUCCUCUCCACAGCAUACAACCAGCCAGACCUGCAGUAGCCAGGACCUCUGCUGACUUCCAAGAGUUUUAGUGUACUGAAAACAAGCAACACUGCAUACAUGAACUACCCGGAUUCCCCUGCCCUUCCUCCUGGACUCUGAGCAGAACCAGACACUCUGGAGGUGGAGAAAAAGCACAGAAAAUACAGGACUGACAUCAGCUUCAGUACAAGAGCAGCUGCCUUGGGAGAUGCACGGGCUGGGAGAAGUGCCUGCAGGGCAUGAUGCCCUGAAGACACAGCCCAGCUGGAGUGGUGGUCUGGACUGAGGGGGCUGUUUUACAGGACCUGAAAGGAAGGGUGAGAACACCCACAAGGAGUGGGUUGGCCCCUGGUGACUUGUUUUUCCCGAGACACAAGUACCUUGUGGCUGUGUGUGCAACUGCCUAAGCAGCUCUCUGUUCAUGGAGGGGACAGCUGCCUUCUGAGAUGGCACCUUAGCCCUUAAUUUUAAACCUACUUUAAUCAGUGUUUCUUACGCUGCACAGGACAGGAAGGGUUUUGGGGGAUGGAGAAAAACAAGGCAGGUCAGAACAAACCCAUUAAGGAUCUCUGUUCUCUUUGUAUUCCCUCUCCUUUCCCUUCAUUAGUUUCCUGGUUUGGGGGCACUCUGACAUACCUCUAUGUUUCUGGAUGGAGUUAUGUUUAUAGCAUGUGGUUCUCUAUUCAUCCAUGCUAAAAUAAUUGGCAGUGGGUUUUAAUGAGGUUGUUGUGGCCAGACACCAUCAUACUUCAUCCAGGCUCAGAUCUUGGCUCUGUUUAGCUCUAAUUCACACAAGCAUUAGGUGUGGGAUUCUCUGAAGGGUGCUCAGACAUAAGGCCAAACUUCCCCUCUGAAAUAAAAGAAGUUAACUGCUUAAAACUAGGGAUUGAAUGAUACAAACUGAAUUUAGUGUAUCUACCAUUCCACUGGAAGGUAUCCUUCAGCCCCAGCCCCUUCUCAGGGCCAUGCCAUGUUACUGCAGAGCCAAGCCAGGCUGAAGAAGUUGGAGAGUUAACUCCUGAUGGAUAGAGGAACCCCCUGGUAGCAGGAUCCUGUGCUUAGUGCUCUGAUUCUUCAGCACCUGGCUUGAGGUAGGUUGAAACACUCUACGUGUAGAACAUUAGCUGCCUCUUCCCUGUUCUGUAACAUCCAAGGACCUGAGACAGCACUGAUAAAAGGGUGUUCUCUGAUUAAACUGUUUUGCUUCUCAGUGAGAUACAGGACUGAGCAAUGCAGAAGAGGAACCUGGGUGCUACUACCUUGGUUGACUCUGUAUUCGAGAUUGACAAACUUGCUGAGGAAGAAAUUGAGGUACAACAAACCCCUUCUCCCUCCCUCCAGCCCUUUAAAAACACCCCAAACUUACCUGCCCCUCCACAGUUGUUGUCAAACGUUUGAUCAACCCCCCUCUGUCCCAAUUCUUUCAAAAAGCUCUGAAGCACAAUUUUACCUUUGAAUUGAGGGAAAACGUAAUCCUGGACAUAGACUUGGUUAUAUUUAGCCCUAACACACAGAACUAUUAAAAUGCUAUGAUUGGAUUGUUAGCUUCACAGUGCAGAAGUCUCCCCUCGGACUAAUGACAUUGUGUGUUUCCUAAUAUUUUAAAAGUAAUAAUCUUUUGUAAGUUAUUUGCUCCCACUGUAUAUCAAAACCACUGGGGAAAAGGUGCAUUCUUUAGCUCCCUGUCACAGAAGCCUUGCCAUGUAGCCUUUAAAAAAUGUUCCUUUAGAUGCACUGGCUGAAGCUCUACUUGGAGAGGAAGCAUUUGAUGCUGCUGGCUGCUCUGUGGGAACAGGCAUCAUUAUCUUGUAUUAAAACAGGAGCUCCCUGCACUCAAGCAGAUUGAUUCUGUUAUUGUACUAGCCUUCCAAGUUCACUUCAGUCUGCAAACACUAGAGUGGAAAGGCAUUUUUAAAGGACUACAAAGUUUUCAUACCAUUUAAAUAGUUUCCAACUGACGUCCCCUCCCUGCCUGCAUGUUUUGUUUCACUAAUCUUAAGUCCAGUCCCUGUUGGGUUGCAACCUCCCCGCCUUAGAAGGAAAUAACUUUCAGAAAAAUGCAAAGGAUUGAGUCCUGAACACCCUGCAUACACGUUCCACUCUCCUCAAAGUUGGUCACACCAGCCUGGGCCCUUCCAACUUGCACAGAGGCCACUGUGGUCCUCGGGGGGAGAUCUGUGUGUUCAGUGAGCCCAGCUCUGGCCAGGAUGGAGUGUGUUACAGCUGCACUCUCUGUUCUCAGUUUUAAACAAACUGUAUUUAAAUUUGUUAAAUAAAAGGAUGGUUUCUAAUACCAGAAUACCAACUCCAUUAUCAGAGACAGUGCCCAUGUUUGGUGUUUCUCUCAUAGCCUGAAUCCUCUGGUUACUGGAACUGAGAGCAGGGGCUGAGCGACUUCCCAGAGGUUCCACACAGAUUUGCAGCCUGAGUUUGGUCUCUUCCUCUCCCUAAAGAGAUGGCAGCUCCUCAGUGACUGCA